AUGUCAACCUUCACCGUAGGAAAAUCAUCCCCUAAUCAAAGUGAUACGAAGAGUCCCACUCUUACAGGGAAAAGCAGACAACAGGUUGUUCAUGAUGACAACAGCAAGCGAAGGACCCUGUUGCAGGAUAGCAGCUGGAUAAAGAAAAGACCUGAGGAGGAGAGUACUAAUGAAAACUAUGGCAGAGUUGUGCUUAACCAAUACAAAUCUCAAGAUAGUUUACACAGUAACUUGAAUGAAAAGGAAGAUCAGAAAGUUUUACUUGGCCGAUACAGAUCUGAUACUACUUUAGACAGAAUUUCAGACACAAGAGAUACUGAUAAAGCAAAUAAUUCCCCACCCUUAGAUAAUAGGACAACUAACAGACAGUCCUGGACUCCUUCAAAUACAUCAACCACUACUACCACCACCACCACCACAUCUCCUGUGAAGCACAAAAGGCAGUCUUGGAUGCCACCACCAGUCUCCGGUUAUAAGAACACCACAGUUACUGUGGAAAACAAAGGGCAGUCCAGAACUCCACCAGAUACAACCACCACAACUAUAGUUGAUACUAAACGAAUUGCUUCUUCAGACAAUUCAGAAGGGCCAAAGAUGACUGUCUAUUCAUCAGAACAAACUACACCUGAGAGCUCAAAAACUGCUGUAGACAAUAAAACCAGAACAAGGCAGGUAUCUCCACCAAAACCUGGCACAUCUGUUGCUGAAAGAAGAAUUACAACAGAAAGAACUACAAGGAGCCAGGAUCUUGAUAAUCUCAAAAAAAAUCCCACAACUCACACAAAUAACAAGGGAGGGAAAGACCUUGAUGAUCUCACUGUUGUAAAUAUUGCUGCACAGAAAAAUAAGAGAGGCCAAAAUCUUGAUGAGCUCAUUGAAGUAAAGGCUCCUGUGGAGCAAAAUAAAAAUCGGACAAUUGAGCAACCCUCUGAUUCUGCUAGUGCUCCAAAUAACCGAUCUGACACAAACUACUCUUAUGACAACAGAGGAUCCAGCAAUAAAACUUCGACCAGUUACUCAAGUCCAAAGGACAACGUUGUGUACACCAGGACAUAUGAGGAGAAUAGCAAAUCACCCAAUGACGCAUAUAAAGAAAAUGUCACUGGAAAGUCUAUCAAAACUGUUUACUCUACUUCUGAUCGGACUAUAAUUGAAAAAGAUAUGUGUACAUACUGCCGGAAGCCACUGGGCAUAGAUUCCAAAAUGAUCUUAGAUGCCUUACAGAUUUGCUGUCACUCAACUUGCUUCAAGUGUGAAGUGUGCAAAAGACCUCUGGAAGAUCUGAAAGCAGGAGACAGCAUUUGGAUUUACAGAAAUACUGUGCAUUGUGAACCCUGCUAUUUCAAAAUUAAAGAAAGCGUUGAUUGUAUAUUUGCUCUGAUGCUUCUUAUCAGUCUUUUCUUUGUCUUGCAGAAAAAUGGAUCUACUAGUUUGGGCUUCCAGAAACUAGGAUAA